CGGCGUGGUUACGACAAGGCCGUUCUGAAUCCGCCGCUCCCCAACACGCUUCCCGACGGCCCUCCGUAAGCUAGGCAGCAUACCGUCGGUGCAACUCGUCCGUGCUGCAUGACGACGAGGUCAAAGGAUUGAUGCGCUGACAACCACGCAUCCGGAUCGUCUGGUGUGCUCAACAUUCACCAAGCAGCUCUAGAUCUUCCCGAUUUGACUGCCACGAUCAGCACGACGAGCACGAUGUCGGCGAUCUUCGACAUCGAACUGCAGGACGCGGGCCUAUUGCAGAGGGACGAGACAUCGGAGGACGACUCUUCGGACGUCAUUGAGAUCGGCGCGGAGGAAUGCGACGCCGUGCUGGAUGUGAAUGAGAUCGUAAACUCGUACUGUGGCUCGGACGCGGUGGAAACAGUGGCGAUAUGCGAGCACAAUGUCAAUCGCGAUUGCGGAAGGCUCGGGCCGCAGGAUUUCGAGUUGUGCAAAGUGAUCGGGAAAGGUGGCUACGGCAAGGUUUUUCAAGUGCGCAAAAAAACCGGAAACGACAGGGGCACGCUCUUUGCUAUGAAGGUAUUACGCAAGGCAUCGAUUAUAAGAAAUCAGAAAGAUACAGCUCACACUAAAGCUGAAAGAAACAUUUUGGAGUCUGUAAAGCAUCCGUUUAUCGUGGAUCUCAAAUAUGCUUUUCAAACUGGUCAUAAAUUAUACCUGAUAUUGGAAUAUAUGUGUGGGGGGGAGCUAUUUCGACAUUUAAAUGAUGAAGGAAUAUUUUUGGAAGACACUGCCCGCUUUUACUUGUGCGAAAUCAUAUUGGCUCUGGAGCAUCUCCAUUUGCAAGGAAUUAUAUACAGAGAUUUGAAACCAGAAAAUAUUCUAUUGGACGCAGAGGGACAUAUUAAGUUGACUGAUUUUGGAUUGUGUAAAGAGCAUAUACAAGAGGGUGCCGUCACACAUACAUUUUGCGGAACUAUCGAAUACAUGGCACCUGAGAUUCUGACGAGAAGUGGACAUGGAAAAGCAGUGGAUUGGUGGAGUUUAGGCAGUUUAAUGUACGACAUGCUCACAGGAGCUCCGCCAUUUACCUCGGACAAUAGGAAGAAGACCAUUGACAAGAUUCUACGUGGCAAGCUAAUUCUACCGCAAUAUCUGACACCUGACGCUAGAGAUCUUGUUCGAAAACUGUUGAAGAGACAAGUUGCGCAAAGAUUGGGAUCUGGCCCACUGGAUGGCGAGCAAGUAAAAAUACAUAGAUUUUUCAAACAUAUCAUUUGGGAAGACGUUAUAUCUCGGAAGUUAGAACCUCCUUUUAGACCAAAGUUGACUAGCGAAGACGACGUUUCGCAGUUUGAUAAGAAAUUUACCGCUUCCGCACCGAUAGAUUCGCCAGUGGAAUACACCUUAAGCGAAUCAGCUAAUAGAGUAUUUCAGGGAUUUACAUAUAUAGCACCAAGCAUAUUGGAAGAUGUGUACACGCAACAAUCGUACCUAACCGCCAUGUCGCCACCACAAGUGAUAAGAGCCAGAAGUCCUCGUAAAGCUAUGCGUGGUUUUUCGCCCCGAACAACCCAUUUCCAUCUCCAUAAUACACAUCUACAAACUCACAGACACAAUGGGGUUAGUCACGGCAACAUUGAAGAUGCAGAGAUGAUUGAGAUAGGCUAACCAUUACUAUUGGACUAGUAGAUAGAUUUUUGUCUAACUGCUGGAUAUUCAUGAUUUUUCUCAGGGAGGGAUUUUAUAAUUUAGGGGAAAUAGUUAGAUAGGGAGUGGAUGCCAAUGUCCACAUGAUUACUUUAUUGGAUAUCCAGCAGUUACAUUUAGCUAAUCUUUUUUUUCCUCUUUUUUUUUUACGUAUUGCGUGUAAAAAUAUUGAUUGAUACUAUACAUGGUAUAACGGCGACGCAGCAGUUACCUGGUAGCGCCUAGAAUUGCAGCUUGAACAAUUAGAUUCGAAAGCAAUCUACAAGAAAGUAUAUAUUAUUUCCACGUAAUUAUAUAAUAUAAUAUACAGAUGAUUUCGGUAUUCUACGUAACAGUUUUAUCGAUUUUUAUAAAGACGGGAUUUUUGCUAAUGGAGCAGCCACAUUGUUGCCCAUGUAACGACAUUGUAAUUUGUAUCACGGUGUAAGAUAAGCUUUUGAAAAAUUUGGAAAUGCUCGGGCGCAAUGCUCGAGACGUAAGAGAAAGUUAAGUAAUCAUUAGAAGCUAAAAAAAAAAGACUUAAUCUUGAUAAUAUUUUUACAUCUGAAGAUUUAUAUACGUCAUGACAUAUACGUCUGUAAUAAUAUAAAAUUAUUUUGUAUCCGGUCACGAGGGAAAACACUUAUCAACACAAUUAAUUACUCCCCGAACGAGGAAAGUUUCGAGAAAUGCUACCGCAACCGCUCCGCCGCUCAAAAUUCGUUCCAUAUACCAUUGUCUAUUUAGGAGAAAAUAUUUUCAGCAGUAAUAACGUUUCCAUGGCAAUAACGUAAGGAGUAGUUCGCCUAAGUAAUAAUCGUAGAGAUGAAGUAUAUGACACUACAAUGGAAUUGCAUUUAAACGAUGAAAGUUCCUAUGCAUUGCAAAUUUGUUUACAUAGUUUGUUCUCCGCAGCAAAACAGCAUUCUGUUGAACAAUCAUGCAUAUCGAUAUUCUGGAGUGAGAAGGAUCGUCUUUUUGCGACUUGAAAAUGCGGAAGGCAGGAAUUAUUAUUAUAUAUAUAUAUAUAUGUAGACGUAGAGAGUCGUGUCUCCCAAGUGUAUUAACUUCGAGUCGCCGAUCGUUCUCACUGCGAGAUGUUGAGAGAAAUCUAGUUCAGUUUAUAUUUAAACAAAACGAAUAAGCUUAUUUUGAGAUAAUUGUUUUUUUUUUCUUUUUUUUUCUUUUUUUUUUCUUUUUUUUUAGCUUAUAUUUUAUACUCUACUGUACUUUAUAUACAAAUAUACCACCAAAAUGAUAAAGGCAAUUUUUCGAGUCAAGAGAGUAGUUUGCAGUUUUUAUCGUAAUCAUAAUUUAAUUUUCUUAAUGUUUUUUUACUGAGAAGUAUUUUUGUUACGCUGAAUUAAGUCGAGAAGUCAAAAUAUUUACGGUGUAAGAGACGAUAACAAGUUACCAUGGUAACAAUGUUACUGCGAAACAUUGAAUUUCCAUCCGAAUGAGUAUUUUCAUACUUGUUCCUGUGUUACGUGUAGAAUGUAUAUCUCAUUGUGUACAUAUAUGUAAUAUUAAUUUUAUUCACAGAACGCAGUAGGAGAAAAAAAAAAUAGGCAUAAAAAUACAUAAGCGAAGGGCGACCCGCGUUGCGCGUCGCCCGCGAAAGCUCCAAACUACCCAAGUGUUCAAUAGGCCACGCUAGCCGGCAAAUAUAAUCUUUUAAUUAUUUAUAAUGAUAACAUAUAAUAUAGUCGAGAUGCGAAACGUUGCCCGGCAUCUCUCUUAAAUAUUUUUGUCCGUACGGGAAACAUUCUCUCGUAGACAGGUUGCGCUCCGACUGUGUCUGCAUAAGUGCGUAUAAUACACAUUACGAAAUCAUGUUACUCGCAACUGUAUUGUAUUAUAGGAGAAGUGUGUACUCAGAGACGACGACGAGAAACAAUUUCCAAAUCGGUCUCCCCCUCACCCCCCCUCGUUCCUUCCGCCUCCCCCCCCCCCCCCCGUGUCGUGUGUAUCCGAAAAAAGAAAAGUGUGUAUUUUAAAUGUUAAAUCGGGAAUGUGCCUACAGAGUUGUCAAGACGCUAUUCGAAGAUAUACCUGUAUAUUACGUGUGUGCUCGAUAAUACUAAACUGAAAUUUAUUACGUAACCGUGGAAAGAGCUAACCAGUUAUAUUCUAAGUUACCCCACUGUCCGAUUUUUGAUAAAUACCAAAACCGCUAUACGAACUGUUACCUAAGAUUCGCUUUAAAUUAAAGCGUGCCAGAAAAGGGAAGGAAAAAAAAAAA